AUGUGCAACGCUGCCCACCUCCCAAGCAAAGGCCAAGGCAGCGACAGCAAAGGCAGCGGCGCGCCGAAGUGGCAGCGCAAUGCGAGCCUGCGGCAGCUCUACCGCUUCGCCUCAAAGACAGAUCGCUGGCAGAUGGUGGCGGGCGUUUCCGCUGUGGUUGUCUCUGGAGCAAACCAGCCGCUGCAGCUCGUCGUCUUUGGACAGCUCCUCGACUCGUUCAACCUUACCGACAAAAGUGAGGUUCAGAGACAGAUCUUCUUCCUCGCAGGCAUGUACGCGGCCCUCGGCGUCCAGCAGCUCAUCACCAUAUCCAUCCAGACGGCGUGCUUCACCGCGGUCGCGGCGAGGCAGAGCCUCCGCAUGCGCGCCGCGUACUUUGCGGCGCUCGCCCGCCGCCCCCUCUCCUUUUUCGACGGCGCGGAUGCGGGCGGGCUAGCCUCGUCUGUGCUCGAGAAGACCACCGCGGUGCAGGCGGGCCUGGGCGACGACCUGGCGCAGCUUCUCCAGCGUCUCGUAGCCUUCGUCACCGGCCUUGCCUGCGCCCUCUACUUCAGCUGGCAGCUCGCGCUGGUCUCGACGGCAGCCGUGCCCCUGCUCGCCCUCUGCGUCAAGUGCGCGAGCGGCGCCUACUCGCGCGCUACAGCCGAGUCGGCGCUGCUGCUCGACCAGGCCACCUCGACGCCGCUGGAGGCGGUCUCUGCCGUCCGCACUGUCCAGGCGUACGGCCUGCAGCGGCGCUUCCUCGCACGAUACGCCGAGCUGGCGACCGCGGCAGCCGCGCAAGGCAAGCGGCUCGGCCGUGCCAAGGCGGCGCUGGAGGCGACGAUCGCGCCAAUCAUGUUUUUGAUGUUUGGGUCGGCGCUCUGGUUCGGAUCAAAGCUGCUGCAAGAUCCGGACGGGGGCCGUUGCGAGACGGGCGGCGAUAUCAUGACCGCAUUCCUCAGCGUCCUGUUUGGCUUUCUCGGGCUGCUCCAGGCGCUCCCCUCCCUCGCCACCCUCGCCGCUGCCCGCACGGCAGCCGCCGCCAUCCUCGACGUGAUCGACGCGCCGCCCGACCCCACCGACGCCCUCGCCGGCACGGGCGCCGUGCCGCCGUCGGGGCGCGCCGCCGGCCGGAUCGAGCUCGUCGAGGUGAGCUUCGCGUACCCGGCGCGGCGCGACGUGCAGGUGUACCAGGGCCUCUCGCUCACGAUCGAGCCGGGCGCCACGGUCGCGCUCGCCGGCCCGUCGGGGUGCGGGAAGUCGACCCUCGUCGCGCUGCUCGAGCGGUGGUACGACGUCGACGGCGGCCGCGUCGUGCUCGACGGCGCCGACGUGCGCUCGCUGUCUGUCCGGUGGCUGCGCUCGCAGAUCGGGCUGGUGAGCCAGGAGCCGGUGCUCUUCAACGGUACGAUCGCGUACAACAUCGGCCUCGGCGCGGCGGCGGCCGGCGAGGGCGGCGGCGAGGGCGGCGGCGAGGCGGCGGCGGCGGCGGUCGAGGUUGCGGCGCGCCAGGCCAACGCGCACGCCUUUGUGUCGGCGAUGCCGGACGGCUACGCGACCGAGGUUGGCGACAAGGGCGUGCAGCUGUCGGGCGGGCAGAAGCAGCGGAUCGCCAUCGCGCGCGCGCUGGUGCGCGACCCGCCGAUCCUGGUGCUCGACGAGGCGACGUCGGCGCUCGACGCCGAGUCGGAGCGCAUCGUGCAGGCCGCGCUCGACGAGCUGCUACGCGCGCAGCGCCGCACGACCAUCGUGAUUGCGCACCGGCUGAGCACGAUCCGCAACGCCGACAAGAUCGCGGUGGUGAGCGGCGGGCGGGUGGUGGAGGAGGGGCCGCACGACGAGCUCGUGGACCGCGAGGGCGGCAUCUACCGGUCCCUCGUGCAGGCUCAGCUCGGCGCUGACAGCGGCGCUAGGCCACCAUCACCGCCCCGGGCGCCCGCCUCUCCGCGUCGGCGCCGGCCGACCACCAGCGGCUCGGCCGAGUCAGAGGCGGAGGAGGCUGCUGAGCCCGGUGUGAUCGCGCGCGCAGUCCAGUUUGCGGAGGCGGCCGCUGAGACCAAGCCGGAGCUCGGCUUUUACCUGACGGGCCUGGUCGGCGCCGCCAUCACUGGCCUCGCGAUGCCCGCCGUCGGGUUUCUCAUGGCGCGCUUCAUAGUCGUUUUCUACAACGUCGACGUCGACGAGAUGCGGCGCGACGCGUUGUUGUGGGCGCGUGCCCCUUGCUGCAUCGGGACCUCGCCGCGCCGCCGCAUCACACCCACGUCGACGCCCGUUUGCCGGCAGGUCUCCUUCUCCGUCAUCACCGAGCGGAUGGUGCGCCGCAUCCGCCUCGCCGCCUUUGAAUCGAUCCUGCGGCAGCCGAUUGCUUUUUUCGACUCGUCCACGCACACCGCGGGCGCCCUCGCCAAUCAGCUCGCUGCCGACUGCCACCUCCUCAAGGCGCUGACGGGUGAGCGCGCCGGGCUCGCAGUCUCGCAGAUCGCGGUUCUCAUCGCGGGGCUCUACAUCUCCUUCGACGCUUCCUGGCGCCUUACUCUCUGCAUCUUUGGCGUCAUUCCUGCCAUCGUGCUGCCCGUCGCCGUCCAGGCUAAGGUGGUGGGCAGGUACGCAGAGCGAGCCAACGCUUCCCUCGUGCGGGCUGCGUCGGUCGCCUCGGAAACGCUGCUGCAGCUGCGCACCAUCGCCGCUUUUGGGCUCGAGGCGCGCGCCGUCGAUGCUUUCACCGCCGAGCUGUCGCUGCCGUACAAGCAGGACGUCCUCAAGGGCGUCGCCCUGGGCGUGGGGAGCGGCACGGCCGCCGGUACUAUCCUUUUCGCCGCCGCCUUCCAGUACGUUGUGGGCGCGCUCUUCUUUGACGCCGACUUGAUCAGCUUCUCCGACAUCAUGAGCUGCCUCCUCGUCCUCAUCUUCAUGGCCUUUGGCUUCGCCACGGUCUCGCGGGACGUCUCGGACCGCGCCGAGGCCAUGCAGGCGGCACGGCGCGUGUACAAGCUGGUCUCGACGCUGUCGGCCAUCGACGCCCUCGCCGGCACGGGCGCCGUGCCGCCGUCGGGGCGCGCCGCCGGCCGGAUCGAGCUCGUCGAGGUGAGUUUCGCGUACCCGGCGCGGCGCGACGUGCAGGUGUAUCAGGGCCUCUCGCUCACGAUCGAGCCGGGCGCCACGGUCGCGCUCGCCGGCCCGUCGGGGUGCGGGAAGUCGACCCUCGUCGCGCUGCUCGAGCGGUGGUACGACGUCGACGGCGGCCGCGUCGUGCUCGACGGCGCCGACGUGCGCUCGCUGUCUGUCCGGUGGCUGCGCUCGCAGAUCGGGCUGGUGAGCCAGGAGCCGGUGCUCUUCAACGGUACGAUCGCGUACAACAUCGGCCUCGGCGCGGCGGCGGCCGGCGAGGGCGGCGGCGAGGGCGGCGGCGAGGCGGCGGCGGCGGCGGUCGAGGUUGCGGCGCGCCAGGCCAACGCGCACGCCUUUGUGUCGGCGAUGCCGGACGGCUACGCGACCGAGGUUGGCGACAAGGGCGUGCAGCUGUCGGGCGGGCAGAAGCAGCGGAUCGCCAUCGCGCGCGCGCUGGUGCGCGACCCGCCGAUCCUGGUGCUCGACGAGGCGACGUCGGCGCUCGACGCCGAGUCGGAGCGCAUCGUGCAGGCCGCGCUCGACGAGCUGCUACGCGCGCAGCGCCGCACGACCAUCGUGAUUGCGCACCGGCUGAGCACGAUCCGCAACGCCGACAAGAUCGCGGUGGUGAGCGGCGGGCGGGUGGUGGAGGAGGGGCCGCACGACGAGCUCGUGGACCGCGAGGGCGGCAUCUACCGGUCCCUCGUGCUGCACAACAAUGCCGGGCGCGUCGAGCUGUGAGCACCGCGGCGCGCGAGCGGGUGGGACACAUGUGGCUUGUGGGAGAUAGAGAUCUAAGAGCGGGACGGGACCCGGACAGAGCACACGCGAGAGGGGGCAGCUGCGCGUGUGCCUGAGAGAGAGUGUGCGCUGUAGCAUGCGAGCGGGCGCCGCGGCCGCAACCGCGCUCUCUCGCACAAUACCGAUCACACAUAUCACUGACAUAUGUGUGUGGGCUGUGUGGCUGCACCGGGCGCGGGCCGCUG